AUGACAUCGCAGUACGCUUCGCACGGUCGCGGCGGCGCGGGCAACAUGUCCGACGCCAAGUCGUCGCCGAAAUUAAAGCCGUCCGACCUGGAGACUCCAACGCUCAAGAAAGCCAUUGUCACCACCGGGCGCGGAGGUACAGGCAACAUGGCGAAGAACAAGGAUCCUGUCGAGACCCGAUUGCGCCAGGACGUCAGGCCUAUUCCCCGUCGCUAUAGCAGUGGCGCUCAGCUCACAGGUCGCGGCGGCGCUGGCAACGUUUUCAAGGACGACGCCGAGGAACUGUCACAAAGCUCAAGCCGCGAGCAAGCUAUUUCCGAUGACCCAGAUCGUCCCGAUACACCUUCAAAACUCCGAAAAGGUUGGCCCUUCAGCAAGAAGGCGUAA